UACUUCAAAAUCGGAACUUCGGAAGUCAAAACGUAGAGGUUAUACAGUUAUACUGUUUUCGUUUGCGUGUAAACGAACUUUUGAUUUUUAUAAUUUAUCCUAUUGAACAACCUCUUAUGUAUCUAUUCCAAUUGAACGAAUUUUGAAAUAGAAAAUGUCUACUUGCGGCGAAUAUAUCAAGACUACAUUUCCUCUUAUAGACGAUGAUCUUAAACAAUAUGUUGAAGAUGUCCUGGAAAACGGAGUCGAUGAUUUUGAAAGUAGUGAUGAAGUAUUCGAAGCUGUAGGAGAAGUCUUGCAAGAAGUAUCUAAGGACAAAACAGAAUCUGACAUUCGAGAUAUAUGUGAGAAUCUUCUGAAUAUGUUGAAACCUGAUCAUGUGAAUGGAACAACACAGAAUUCUGCUCGUAUUUUGAAUGCUCCAGUCCAUCUAGCUUCUAUGGCUGCCAGAUUAGAAAAUAAUACAGAAGUGAAAAGUAUUUGGUUGAUGCAGAGAGAUGAAUCUUUAAAAGUUGAUGCUAAAAAAUUGGAAAAAGCACAAGCCAAACUACAGGAAAAGCAAGAGAAAAGGUCUAAAGAUGUAAAAGUUUUUGUUCCUCCAAAAUUAGAAACUGCUACAGCUUCUCAGGUCACAAGCAAAAAAGAAAGUAAAUUGGAGGCUAAGGGAAUGAAUAAAGCUCAAGAUAUUCGGAUUGAGAACUUUGAUGUCGCUUAUGGAGAUAAGGUUUUGUUACAAGGUGCAGAUAUUACACUAGCUUAUGGAAGACGUUAUGGUCUUGUUGGAAGAAAUGGUUUAGGAAAGAGUACCCUAUUAAAAAUGAUAGCUGGGGGGCAACUUCAAAUUCCUUCUCAUUUUUCAAUAUUGCAUGUUGAACAAGAGGUCAUAGGAGAUGACACUCUUGCGUUAGAUAGUGUUUUACAAUGUGAUACAGUUAGAGAAAAUUUACUAAAAAGAGAAAAAGAAAUGAGUACCAUUAUCAAUUCCAGCCAAUCUGCUGAUCCUGCUUUAUCUUCUGAGCUGACUGAGGUUUACAACCAGCUUCAAAGUAUUGAAUCUGAUAAAGCUCCCGCUAAAGCCUCUAUAAUUCUGAGCGGUUUGGGUUUCACAUCUGUAAUGCAACAGAAACCUACGAGAACAUUUUCUGGAGGAUGGCGAAUGAGGCUAGCUUUAGCUAGAGCCUUGUUUUCAAGACCGGACCUCUUACUUCUUGAUGAACCAACUAACAUGUUGGACAUAAAAGCAAUUAUUUGGCUCGAAAACUAUCUGCAAAAUUGGCCUACUACUUUAUUGGUAGUAUCUCACGAUAGGCAUUUUCUAGAAACUGUUCCAACCGAUAUCCUUCAUUUACAUUCACAGAGAAUCGAUGCGUAUAGGGGUAAUUAUGAACAAUUUGUAAAAACGAAAACUGAAAAGCACAAGAAUCAACAGAGAGAAUAUGAAGCGCAAAUGGCGCAUAGGUCCCAUGUACAGGAAUUUAUAGACAAAUUCAGAUACAAUGCUAAUAGAGCGGCAUCUGUCCAGUCUAAAAUAAAAAUGCUCGAAAAACUGCCAGAGUUGAAACCAGUUGAGAAGGAAGUAGAAGUAACGCUCAAAUUUCCUGAUACUGAACUUUUAUCACCGCCAAUACUUCAACUGAACGAAGUUUCAUUUAAAUAUAAUAGCGAUAGGAUUAUUUUUAGUGAUGUUAACUUAGGUGCCACUAUGGAGUCCAGAAUAUGUAUUGUUGGUGAUAACGGGGCCGGUAAGACAACACUACUCAAAAUCAUCAUGGGUAUAUUAACACCAAGUAGUGGUGCUUGCAAUGUGCAUCGUAACUUGAAAUUUGGUUACUUCAGUCAGCAUCAUGUGGAUCAACUAGAUAUGAAUGUCAAUUCUGUGGAACUGCUUCAACAAGCAUUUAAAGGUAAACCUACUGAGGAGUAUAGAAGACAGUUAGGUAGUUUUGGCGUAUCUGGUGAUCUAGCACUCCAAACUGUUGCCAGUUUAUCAGGAGGUCAGAAAUCGAGAGUGGCCUUUGCUAGUAUGUGUAUGGGUCGUCCUAAUUUCCUUGUUCUUGAUGAACCCACCAAUCAUUUAGAUAUUGAAACAAUUGAGGCGUUAGGAAAAGCUAUCACCAAAUUUACGGGUGGUGUUAUCUUGGUGUCUCACGAUGAAAGACUUAUUCGCAUGGUCUGUAAAGAAUUGUGGAUUUGUGGCAAUGGUACCGUAAAAAGUAUAGAAGGAGGAUUUGAUGAAUACAGAAAAAUUGUUGAACAAGAACUUGAAUCGGCCUCCAAUAAAUGAAUAUCAUCUCUUGAAAAUAUACGAACACAUAGGUUAAAAUGAAAAUAUUAAUUAAUUUGUGUGAAAUAAUGUAUAUUGGUUUAACAAAUUUAUAUGUACAAAA